CUCCAGAGGCCGAUUUUUGAAUCUUCAUGAGCGCACCAACUUUAGAAGUUAGAGGAUACCCCCAGUCCUCCAAGAGUGGCAAAACGAGUGGACGGGCUGGUCCGGACGAGUCGCCAACAGACCGAGUUAUAAACAGAUGGGUUAAUAUUAAAUGGGCCACUUACAUGACCAAUAAGCAAAGAAAGCAGGCGGCGCAUGAUCAGUAGGGCAGUCAAAGAUAAUUCAUCAGCAAGAUCGGAGUGGAAACAAAAAAAAAAUUAUAGAAAAUAAAAAUAAAUAGAGGUAGGGAUAUAGCAGAAAGUUGGACUACUUUUCGAUUUCUCUGUAUCAAGCAUUUCUGAGGACAAAUGGAUUGACCCUUUAUCAAAUCGGAGAAAGGCGGGAGAGACUACUUGUUCGCAGGCAGCAGCGCACCAGCAGGAGGGAGGCAGCCAGAUGAGAGGAUUGAGAGGGUGAGAGGAGAGUCGACCGUGACCCGCCGCGACGUGAGAGAGUGAGAAGAUUGGACUCAAAAUCCAAAAAUUUUCUCGAGAAAAUUAUCCCCAAUCCGACCUUGAAUUACGAUGAAACCGUCCAAUCUGUGCAAUUCGCUUUUAGUGUUGAUUUUGGUGGUAUUCCUUGGAUCUUUUGAGCCCAAUGGAGUUUUGGCAUCUCAGAAACCAAAAGAGGCGUAUGUGACUCUUCUCUACGGCGAUGAAUUUCUACUGGGCGUUCGAGUUCUGGGAAAGUCAAUUCGUGAUACGGGAUCGACCAGGGAUAUGUUGGUGCUCGUCUCGGAUGGCGUAUCGAAGUAUGCUGCGAAGCUCCUGGAGGCUGAUGGGUGGAUCGUGGAGCAUAUUAGUUUGCUGGCGAACCCAAAUCAAGUGCGUCCAAAGAGGUUUUGGGGUGUCUACACAAAGCUUAAAAUAUUCAACUUGACUAAGUACAAGAAAGUGGUGUAUCUUGAUGCUGAUACUAUUGUUGUGAAAAGUAUUGAGGAUCUUUUUAAAUGUGGUAAAUUCUGUGCCAACUUGAAGCAUUCGGAGAGGUUGAAUUCUGGAGUCAUGGUAGUGGAACCUUCUGAAGUGGUUUUCAAUGACAUGAUGAGCAAAGUGACAACAUUACAUUCGUAUACUGGAGGAGAUCAAGGGUUUCUGAAUUCAUAUUACAGUGGAUUUGCCAAUGCGCAUGUUUUUGAGCCAAAUCUAUCCCCAGACAUUGUGAAUUCUAGACCUGUUCCUGAAAUGGAGCGUCUCUCUACUCUAUAUAAUGCAGAUGUUGGUCUCUACAUGCUUGCUAACAAGUGGAUGGUAAAUGAGGCAGAACUUCGUGUUAUUCACUACACACUUGGCCCUCUUAAACCAUGGGAUUGGUGGACAUCCUGGCUUUUGAAACCCGUUGAUGUCUGGCAGACUGUUAGGGAACAGCUUAAGGAAUCUCUUCCUGGAACUGGAGGGGGCAGAAAUCCUAAUGAUGCUCUGCUAGUCAAAUUUCUUUUUCUGCUUCCAUUUAUUGCUGUAUUUUUCUGUUAUUAUCGGUCUUUUCUUCAGGCACGAGAAUUCUUUGGCUCAAUUUGUCGGAGCUCAUUAUGGGAUCACGUUAGACACAUUCACUAUAAAUUUAGAGCUGGUGGCACACUUGCUUAUUCCAGCAUUUCUUCAUCAUCUGCUAAUAAUUCCAAUCAACAGUUAUCUAAUGGUGCGCAGUACAAGGUGCCUGCCUACUUGGGUGGUGUUUCUGUUUUUGUUUGUUUCAUGGCUGCUAUCGUAUCUCUUGUUCUUGCACUUGCAAUUGUGCCUCGUCAAGUGAUGCCUUGGACUGGUUUGCUACUGAUGUAUGAGUGGACUUUUACACUCUUUGUUCUGUUAUUUGGAGGUUAUCUUUACAUGAUAUACCACUGGGGAAAGAUAAUUGCAACUCAAGCAGGGUCUUUUUCGGCUCAGGCUGAAUCUUCUGAUUAUGAUUCUGGAAAAGGACACCAGCGACAGGUGUCAUCAUGUGAUGUUGCUUCAGGGUUUUAUUGGAUGGGGAUGGCACUUCUUGCUGUUGCUGCUCCUUCUUUGCCUUGUCUCUUUGGGGUCACUGCUUUGUUUAUGAGGUUAGGAUUGAUGGUUGCAGGAGGCAUAGUUUUAGCAUCUUUUAUGACAUAUGCUUCAGAGCACCUUGCCAUCAGAUCAUUCUUGAGAGGUGCUGAAGAUCGAGACAUGCCACGGAUUAGGAGCACUUGUUUCUUCUGUUGAUUGUUGGGUUAAAAUGAUGAGAUAUGAGCACCGGUUCUUCCUCCAAAUUGUAAUGAGUUGUAAAUUAUAGAAGAGCAUUUUGACAGAUUAGAUUCAUUAGAAAUGCCUUUGUCCAAACAGUGCUGCAAUUGUAAUUGAAUAUAUCUCAACAUAAAAUGAAAGGGAGCAAGGUUUGAAUGGUUUUGAGAUUUGUGAUGUAGCGGAAUAUUCGUGCACCGAAGUUCUGGGUUUCUUUUGGCUACUUAUUUUUGCUUUAAGUGGCUGGUGAUCAGAAUUUCAUGGAUGAUCUCUGUUGCAUUUCAUGGAGUUUAAAUAUUGUAUUGAUUAUUUCAUUUCAAGUAAUUAUGGGAUGUUUCUAACUCCCUUGUG